AUGGAGGUCUUUUCAGAUUUAAUGGGUUUAAUGGUUGCUAAGCAAGAUUUCAAAUACCAUUGGAGUUGUGAGGAGGAAAAGAUCACCCACUUGUGUUUUGCUGACGAUCUUAUGGUUUUUUGUAGAGUUGAUGUUGGUUCUGAAUCUUUUAUUAAUGCUUGGUUUAAUCGAUUCAAAGCUCUUUUUGGUCUUAUUCCAAAUCCAGAGAAGAUUAAUCUAUUUGUUAGUGGUGUUUCUUCAUAUCUUAAGGAUCACUUGCUAGAUGUUUUAGGGUAUAAGGAGGGCGUGUUACCGGUAUAUUGGUCUUCUAUAUUUAUUUUACCAAAAGCUGUGAUCAAACAAGUGGAAGCUACUCUACGAACUUUCUUAUGGAAGGGUUGUGACCUUAACACCGAUGGGACUAAAGUGGUUUGGACAAAAAUUUGUAUGCCUAAGGAUGAUGGUGGUUUGGGUCUACGAAGCAUGGAGAUUUGGAAUAAGGCUGUCAUGUUAAAGCACCUUUGGUCCCUUUGUAUGAAUUCAGCCUCCUCUUGUGGGUUUCAUGGGCAUGAUGCUACUUAA